UUGCCACCCCUAAUCCAGCUCUCCAAAGCGCUUAUAAAUCAUUUUCCUUGUCACACGUCGCAGUCCUUCAUGUACAUGUGUCUCAUGCACAAAAUCCUUCAUCCACGUGGUCCUAGCCAGUACACUUUUCAUCUAAUCCCAAGCUGAAUAAUCCAUUUCUUGAAGUCUGUAAGUUUGAAUCAAUUCCUCGAACACCAGGGGCUCCUGCACAAGCUGUUGAAUCCAAAGUAGAAAGAAAAGAAAGAGAGAUGGAGAGAGAAGGAGAAAGAAGAAGUUUUUUGGCUAUGGCUUUGUUGUUCAUCUUCUUGGUGGCUUCUUCUUGUUCCUUAGUAGUGACUUUUGCAGAGGAAGAGAAGAAUGUGUUGUUACAAGUUACAGAGAGAGGGGAAGAGAGUUUUGUGAUGUUUAUGAAUAAGUACGGGAAGAAAUAUGGCUCAAGAGAGGAAUAUAUUCACAGGUUGGGGGUUUUCCUAAGUAACAUGAAGAGGGCAGCCAUGAACCAGGUUUUGGACCCUUUUGCUGUUCAUGGGGUCACCCCUUUCUCUGACCUCUCCCAAGAGGAGUUUGAAGCCUUUUACACUGGAAUUCUCCCUUCUUACUCUUCGAAUUCUCUCCCUACAGCACCUCAGCUGCCUGUCGAUGGUCUGCCUCCGGAUUUUGACUGGAGAGAGAAGGGAGCGGUUACCCAUGUCAAGAUGCAGGGAGCUUGUGGAGCAUGUUGGGCUUUCAGUACUACUGGUGCCAUGGAAGGAGCAUACUUCAUUUCGAGCGGGAAGCUAGUCAAUCUAAGUGAGCAACAGCUUGUAGAUUGUGAUCACAUGUGUGAUGUGGAAAGUAGAACUGACUGUGACGAUGGAUGUAAGGGAGGUCUUAUGACUAAUGCUUUCGAAUACGUGAGGGAAGCUGGAGGAUUAGAAGAUGAGAACUCCUACCCAUAUGUUGGAACUCGUGGUGAAUGCAAAUUCGAGCGCGAAAAGGCUGCUGUUGGAGUUCUGAAUUUCUCUAAAAUAUCCAUGGAUGAGGACCAAAUCUCUGCAAAUCUAGUCCGAAAUGGGCCCAUUGCAGUUGGAGUGAAUGCCGCAUUCUUGCAGACAUAUAUCGGCGGGGUGUCCUGCCCACUAAUAUGCAGCAAGAGGCAUGUGAACCAUGGGGUUCUUCUUGUUGGGUAUGGUGCAAAGGGGUUCGCGCCUUUAAGGUUAGGGAAUAGGCCAUUUUGGAUCAUCAAGAACUCGUGGAGUGAUCGAUGGGGAGAGCAUGGAUACUACAGGCUUUGCAAGGGUCAUGGUAUGUGUGGCAUCCACACCAUGGCAUCAGCUGUUGUGACCACUGAAGCAUGAUAACUAAAAAGAAGGUUUGCUUGGUUUGAUUUCAUGAAUAAACUUUAAGGGUCACUAAGACCAGGUAUCACACCCUUAGGCCCUAGGACAUAGGACAUAUCAUAGUUUUUCUAUAGAUACAGGUAGUAUUUAAAAUUAGAUGAACUGCUCUCUCUCUCUCUCUCUCUCUCUCUCUCCCAGAAAGGGAACCUUGUAAAUUUGGAAGCUGAGAUGGGAGUCUCAGGAUAAGUGGAUAUCUAUGUUCUUAAUCCUAUUAAAUUUCAUCUAUGUUCGUAUUCCCAUAGGAGGUGGAAUUAAAGCUUAGGACCUUAAGAAAACGGUUUGUAUAUCAAGUGA